AUGGCCUCAUUAUCUCCAACCCUCAAAGAAAAUGUCAGAAAGGCCUACGACAACAUAGCUGUCGAGUAUGCAGAAUGGACCAAACCAAGCUAUCCUACCCGCGUCGGAUAUCUCCAAAAACUGCUCGCAUACCUUCCUCCCUCACCAGUUGAAAAAUCCGUCCUUGAGUUAGGCUGCGGUUCUGGCCAGCCUUGCACUACUAUCCUUGCUUCCAACCCUAGUCUGAAAGUCACAGCAAACGAUAUCUCACCUGUGCAGCUUGCGCUUGCCGCACAGCAUCUCCCUUCCACAAAUGUAUCCCUGAUUGAGGGGGAUAUGAUGGAGCUGUCUUUUGAAGAUCACAGUUUCGACGCCGUGAUUGCAAUGUAUUCGAUCAUUCACCUGCCGAGGGAGGAACAAGUGACUCUAUUGGAAAGGAUAUACAAGUGGCUGAAGCCUGGGGCAUUCUUUCUGGCGAAUUUUUCGGCAGGACCUGAAUUCGAGGGGUCGUUUGACAAGCACUGGUUGGAUGGGACGGAUGGAGAGGUAUUUUGGAGUAGCUGGGGAGAGGAAAGGACCUGUGAGAUUCUGUCUUCAAUUGGGUUUGAGCUGGUUCUCAGGGAGGUUGUCGUUGACACUGAGGAAGAGAAAGGAGAAGGAAAGGAAGUUCCCUUUUUAUGGCUUCUGGGAAAGAAGGCGGAUAAUUGA